CCCCGGCGAGUGGGCGCCGCGUCCGUGCCCUCGAUCGAUGCCCGGGGAGACGAGGAGGGCGGCUUGGAGAGCAGCCAGCGGGCAGCCCGGCUUCGGCACGGAGCUGAACUUCUUGCUUGCUUUCUUCCAGCUGGUUUUAUUCCUGCCCCUAGCCCGGAUGCAGAAAUCGGAGGCAAAUUGGAAGAUGAGUUCUUUCAAAGCCAAAGCAAACUAUGCAUGAGCAGCUCCUGCGUUUUGGCUACUUGCUUUUUAAUUGGGAGUUUGUCCAAGAUGCCCGAAGUUCAAACAGGGAUCACUGCCGUGCAGCACAAAGAAGCACAGUGUCUCUUUAGGGCUUGGAUAGAUAAUGAGAGGACUGAGCAUGCCUACUUGGCUAGUAUUUUAAAAUAUCAUCUAAUUAUAAAUAACUGACAAUAGGCAGCUCCCUGGCUCUCAUGCUGUGCCCAGGAAAAGUCUGAAUGAAUAGGCUGCUUUUCUGUCUGCCAGGGCAAUCUAGAAUCACACUCUAGAUCUUAAAGCCAUGAGGUUGGCAGGGUUAAAGGUCUCUUUGUGGGCACCCUGAACCUAGAGAGCUCUAGCCAGACUUCCCUGACCAGGCUCCAACCAUCCCACCUGGGGAGAGACGGCUUCUGCAGCAGCAAAGUUGUGCAGCUGCCUUUGGUUUCUCAAUUAAAGCAACCAUUUUGUUGCUGUACUUGGAAAUAAAUAGGAAGCCAGUGAAAGCACGUAGUGCAAUGCUAAAUGCUGACCUCCCACCUCUAAGUAUUAAGCUUCUCCAACUAGGCAGCCGAUGUUAAACAGGCACUUGGAAGUGUAUCCUCCAGUGGCCCUCUCAAUAUUUAUAGAUGCUUCCGAGCAGGAGCUUUCUAGCAUGAGGAGUGCUUGCCUCUAGUAAAGGAAAACCUCAGCUCUCUCAAUGAGGUAUUUAAAGGAGCUGCUUUGGAUGGCACCGUGCUGCUCAGAUGUCCCAUUGCUGCCGUGCUUUGCUUUUGAUCAGGAGAAACUGUAGAAGGCCUUCGAGAGAGUGAUUACCUUCUGAUUCAUUCGUGUCGGCAGUGGACAACAAUCACAGCUCACAGCCUGGAGGAGGGCCACUACGUCAUAGGGCCAAAGAUAGAAAUCCCUGUACAUUAUGCAGGGCAGUUUAAGCUGCUGGAACAAGACCGAGAUAUUAAGGAGCCAGUGCAGUAUUUUAACAGUGUGGAGGAGGUGGCUAAAGCAUUUCCUGAACGAGUUUACGUCAUGGAGGAAAUAACAUUCAACGUUAAGGUGGCUUCAGGUGAAUGCAAUGAAGACACGGAAGUUUACAACAUCACCCUUAGCACCGGGGAUGAGCUGACUUUAAUGGGGCAAGCAGAAAUCCUUUAUGCAAAAUCUUCUAAGGAGAAGUCCCGACUCAACACCAUCUUCAAAAAAAUUGGGAAACUUAAUUCAAUUAGCAAGCUCGGCAGAGGCAAAAUGCCCUGCCUCAUCUGCAUGAACCACAGGACCAAUGAAAGCAUCAGUCUCCCGUUCCAGUGUAAGGGCAAGUUCAGCACCCGCAGCCCGCUGGAGGUGCAGAUGCAAGAAGGUGAGCACACCAUUCGCAAUAUAGUAGAAAAAACCAGGCUGCCUGUUAACGUGACUGUGCCGAGUCCUACCCCGAGAAACCCUUACGACCUGCAUUUUAUCCGUGAAGGGCACAGGUACAAGUUCGUCAACAUUCAGACCAAGACUGUGGUGGUUUGUUGCGUGCUUCGUGGCAACAAAAUUAUUCCCAUGCAUUUUCCCUUGCACUUGACGCUUCCAAAAUUCACUCUACCUGACAGUCUUGUGAAGGGGGAGCUGUGGCACGAGUCCCUCAUCCAGCACUGGUUUAAUAUAUGCCAGGAGCAGUUCGACAUAGACGAGUAUUCCCGGGCCGUGCGCGAUGUGAAAGCUGACUGGAACGAGGACUGCAAGAGCCCGAAGAAAAGCCGGUGCAGCGGGCACACCCACGUGCCCAACUCGCUCAGCUACGCACGGGACGAGCUCACGCAGUCCUUCCAUCGGCUCUCGGUGUGCGUCUACGGAAACAACCUGCACGGCAAUAGCGAGGUAAACCUGCACGGCUGCAGGGAUCUGUGUAACGAGUGGGCCCUCUUCUCUCACGAUGCUCUUCAGUACCAGGAUUCUGGGGACAGUAGCAGCGACUACCUUUUUCCUGAGGUUAGCGAGGAAUCGAUGUUUCUGCCUACGAAACCAGAGCUUCCUUACGAAGAGCUGUGGUUGGACCAAGGCUCUGGAAAGCCUGGAGAGCAGCCUCUCAUUCGCUCGCUAAGUGAGAAGAGCAAAUGUGACAAUUACAGAGGGUCUUUCCGAUCAAAGUGCGGUACUGCAUCUCUUCCUGUGCCUGGGACCGUCGGAGCAACAACAAAGUCUUCGGAUGUUUCCCUACCUCCACCUCCAGUGCCUCCCAAAUCUGAAGCAGUGAAAGAGGAAUGCAGGCUCCUGAAUGCUCCCCCUGUCCCUCCACGGAGUUCAAAGCCAUCCUCCACCAGUCCUUCCAUCCCUCCUCGCACAGUCAAACCUGCACGACAACAGACCCGCUCUCCCAGCCCUACUCUGUCCUACUAUUCUUCAGGACUGCACAACAUCAAUGUCACAGAGAAUGACAACGCGAACCCAGCCGAGAGCAGCACACCUGUUUCCUGCUACCCUUGUACCAUGAUGAAAACCGAAUCCAAAGAGCCUGAGAACACGAUGCCUUUUGGAAGCCCUUCAACUGAAGCUCUGCCUUCUAGGUUAUCUUGGCCAAACCAUUUUUCGGGAACUGCGGAAGGCCUGAAUAGGAGCGAUUUCCUGCUCGAUCCAAGCAGGAGCUACAGUUACCCCAGACAGAAGACUCCAGGCACGCCAAAGAGAAACUGUCCAGCACCUUUGACUUUUGACUUCGAUGGGUGUGAGCUCCCUGUGGGGUACUCCCAGCUGACCCCCGCAGAGCUCACUAACACCAUCUCCAGCUGCCCAAAGUCAGCAAGUUACUCUCUAGACUGCACUGAUGAGAAAACUCUGGGAGUCAGCGACACAAAGCAGAGUCAUUCAUGUCCUGCCUUACCUCCUCGGGCACCGAAGCCGAGCGAAGAGAAACCAGUUACAGACAUGGGUCCUUUGCCACUAAAAAUAGAUGGUGCCGAGGAGGAAUCGAAAACUGGUUCUCCGGACCUGUUGGAAGAUCAGUAUCUUGUUAAAAAGGGCAUGCAGGACACAUUCUCUGUGUCCUAUCCCUUCUCGUCUCCCCUCCACCUCCAGUUAGCACCAAGGUCUUGCGGGGAUGGUUCUCCCUGGCAGCCACCCACAGACCUUUCUGGACUCUCAAUAGAGGAAGUGUCUAAAUCGCUGAGGUUCAUUGGGCUGUCAGAAGAUGUCAUAUCAUUUUUUGUUACAGAGAAGAUUGAUGGCAAUUUACUGGUUCAGCUUACAGAAGAAAUCCUGUCAGAAGACUUUAAACUAAGCAAAUUGCAGGUGAAGAAAAUACUGCAGUUCAUUAAUGGCUGGCGGCCCAAGAUGUGAUGCUGACUAGUUUUUAGUGGAACUGUACAAGAUGUGCUAGAUGCACUUCAGCUCAUGCAUCACUUCCUGUUUUUUGCACUAAAAGCCCCUCCUGUAAAUAGUAGUAGAAAAAUUCUUACUAUGCAGAUAAAAGUUUUUGAGUGGUGAACGGAUUUUUUUUUUUUUUGGUAUGUCGAUAAUAAAGGUAGAGAAUCUGCAGAGGUGUGCCUUGUGCAUCCCUGAACAUUCAACAGCUGCUAAAAACUGGACACUAAGGGAACUUACUCUGUAGUCUGUUAAGACUUACUUGUAUUUAUUACUGAACAAUUUGAUGCUGAAAGACACAUACCAAUCCAGUUUACAGUUUUGUGUUAACUGCAAAAAAAAUGUAUUUCUUACAGGAUUGUUUCUGUUCAAAUAAUAUUUGGCAACAUGCUGUGACUUUUUUCCUUUUCUGUUAACAAAAAGCAUGUUCAGAUAUACAAAAACAUGGUUUUGACACUACAUCUGAAAAUGUUAAGAAUUGCUGUGAAGUGCCACUAAUACAUUACUCUUGCAGCAUAUUUUUAUUAACAGUAUCUUCCUGACUACCUGUAAUGUGGACGUUUUCCAUGUUACUUUGAACAAAAAGAGUUAAUUGUUAAAAAAAAAAAAAAAGUCUUGCUUAGCUCAGUGCCCAAAGGGGAGGGAGAAGGGGGAUUUUCCUACUGAGCCACUCUGCCCUGGCCAAUUAAAAGUUUAUGACCUGUGGAUUUCAAAAGUUGCUUUUGUAGUCAGAUGGCUGCAGUCAGCAGCACGACUUCGGGUCGUGCAGCUUUCUCAUGGGAAAGGCAGUUCCCUGCACAGACCCUUCCCAGCAGAUCCUGCCCCUCGCAGCUGCCAGCACAUCCAUCAGAGGAGCCUGUUAGUGCAGCCCUUCCACACUGGCCGAAGGAAACCUGUUACGUUUCCUCUGCUGCUGUUACAAUCAUCUGAAAAUGUGCUCCAUGUGCUGUGCUAUUCUUGGAGUCGGAUCUGUGUGGGAAGGUGAUAGUACUCCUGUAGGAUGCCUUUGAAAUAAAACGUUGGAGAGGUGGGAAGGAACAGAAGCAGUACAUGCCACGCCGAUAAGAAGGGGCCAAGUGAGAGCUUGGGCCAUGCCUCGGGAAAUGCUUGUGAUGUUCACCUGUCUUACUUGCAGUGGGCUAGGAGAACAUGGGUGUCAAAGUGGAAGGACUGCAGCAUCACUAAGACGUGUCAACUCAAUUGCCCAGUUGCAAAAACUCACUGCAAUAGACACCAAACAGAAGUAGCAGUCAGAAGUUAGGGCAGGUAUGGGAAGGGGGUAUGAGGCUGCCCCAGGAGACUUUCUGAAUUUACACGCAGAGGGCUAGAAAUAGGAUUGACUUUUGAUAGUCUGUUGCUGUUGGUUGGCAGAGCUCUCAGAAACAUGUCUAAAUAACCUCAGAACCCCAGGAUCCCCUGCCUUUGUAGUGCUGAAGGCAAGGAUUUGUGGAGGCCCUCAGGAAAGUCUGCAGAGUCCAUCUUCUGCAGCUGCAUAUCCCAGGUCCUCAGGGGUCAAAGGCAGGGAAGCCGGAGCAGCUUCACCUUGCUCUGGCUCCUUCACCUGCUGCAGAUCAGAGCCCUGCCUGGGGUGACACCAUCACCUGCUUUUCUUGUUUGAAAGGACAAAGAGUCUCUCUUCCUCCAGGGCACACAGUGGGAGCAUCAAGAGAAAAUAGAGUUCAGGGACAAAAAAGACAGUCUAAUUUUCCCUGUUUUCUCAAUUAUAUGGACUCAUUAAAACAAAUGUGGAGCAAGUGGAGCUUUCUGUUGCCUGGGCAAAUUUCAUGUCAUGUCUCCAUGACGAAGCCAAGAUGCAUCAUUUGUCUUGCAAUAAUGCAAACCACCAGUUCCCAAGCAGAGAAUAAAGCACAACUGGAUGUGGGUACUAGAAGGCAGUGAGCCAAAAUCUAUCCCAAUAGAAAAACCCCAAGAGUUCAUAAUCUUAAUCUUUUUGUUAAUGUAUUGACUUUUAGCAACAGAUCGAUAGCUUUUUCUGGAUGCUUUUUAAUUACUGUCCUAAAAUAUUUUAACUUCAAUUAAGACUAAGUCAAAUUCAAGUACUGUUCUGAUGUGUGUGCUUGUUGGUAGGCACAUGCAAGUUAAAGUCAAUUUGUUUUUUAACCCUCAGUAUGUCUAAUGAACAUUCCACAUGCAAAAAAAAAGAGCCUUGGUGGAAUCUGCAUUCAUGAGUUUGCUGCACUGACAUCCUGUAUCCACAGACCAAAAUAAAGCUGACCUGUAGAAAGGCACAGAAGUGUACCACGAUUUCCGAAGCAGAUCCUAGGUACACAACUACAGCUGAAACCUCUAAUUGCACACUUGCUAUCGAUGUCCUCCCAGUAGUCUUGUUCUGGCUUGGCGCUGCAUACUUACUUUUAUGCAUAGUGUGUUAGCAUUUGACCUUUACUGUAGCCCUGAGCAGCCCAUUAGCUUAACUUUCCAAACCUCUUAAAGCGAUUUAGGUGUUCCCAACCUCAAUGUGUUGUGUGAAUGAUGGGACUGCAGCAUCGUGCCACCUGCACAAAUGCCCAGGCAGGACUGAAGCUUCUGUUCUGGUGCCUUUGGCACUGUAAAAGGUAGCCUGAAUACAGGAGCCCAACUUAACUACAUCAGUCCCACAGCAAGUCCCUAGCAUUAAGGAGAAGGUGGCACUUUGGAGAUGGGGGAGGAGCAGAGGAGUCCUUCAGGCCGCAGCAGAGGAGCACGCAGUCUCUUCAUAAAGGUGGGGUGUAAAACCUGGAGACUUCAAUCUAUAAAAGGUACAAAAUGCUGCACUACUUACGGUACUUCAAGAUGGAAAGUCACUUCAGUGUUCCCACUGUGAUUGGAAAGAUCUGCAGGCUCUGAGGAAUAUCCCUGUGGUACAGACUUUCUGCCAGCUGAUGCGAGUAGAGGAGACAGCACUCCUCAUUUGAUCAGACUCACCUUCGGUGAUUGUAGUGUUGGUCGCCUUGUGCUGCUUGUAGCCGAUCCGUUUCCUAGUUCCACAAGUGCCUUUAAGGGCGCUCGUUGUGAUUUUAGAGGCAUUUAAUGAUUUGUGCACUCGUGCAAGUUGCUGACGUGUUUUGAGUCUAAACAAGAUGCAGGUUGUGGCCCUGUUGGUGUUUAACCUGAAUAGCGCACUCAGCCAGGUCUGUGCUUUGAACACAAGUUCAUAAUGGUAUUAAUGACUCCAGUUUGUCAUUGGCAAGUGGUACUAGUUCUGUUCCUAGCCAUCCAGUGGUCUGUAACUCACCUCAAAGACCAGCAGCACUUCCAGCUUACAUCUGUGCCAGUAAACCGAGCGGUACCCUCAUGGCAGCCGCUUGCUGUUGAGGUGCUGAUGUGGGCUCUUGCAUGGCUUUGGUGCAAACCAACCAGCCCAUGCACGGGGUGAUCCCUGGCAGCACAGCCCCGGGGCUGGCAAUCACUGGUCCCUGGGUAUGUCUUGCUUUGGAGAGAGUGGAGUUCAACCAGGUCGGUGGGGGAGCUGUGUUGGGUGUCCUCAGGGUCCAAAAGUGGGCUCCGGCCUGUUUUGUCUGCUAGUAGAGGUGUAGCCAUUGUGUUCAGAGAAUGCCUAUCAUGCCGCAGUGGGCUGAAAAUCCCUCAUGUUUUAGAGACAUCCUGCCGGUCCUAACUUUGGAUUUCUUUCCUCCUUUUAAAUAAACACAAGGCCUCUGGUGCUUAUUUCGUUAGUGGUGUCCGAAGUUGUGUAUUAUCAUCAGGGUUCUUGCUUGUCUGGGGGGCUUGGUAGCAAAAAUUCUGGCCUGUCGUUAUGUAAGGAGUUGUCUCAUUAUCCCACACCAGGAAACACAUCCUUUCUAUGCAACAUUCUUGUGGCACAAGUACUGAUGUCGCCCUCAGCUGCAAAAGCUAGAUUCUAGCAAAGGGUUUUUUCUGGAUUGGAAACAGAAUGGGCAAGGGAAGGAAUGGGGAGAAAAUUUGAGGGGAAAUGCUUGUUUCCUUUAAACACUCGUGCCUAGGAUUAAGAUUCUUUGUAUUGCUGCCUGCCUGGCUAACCAAAGUUGUAUUGACAUCAACUCAAAAUGCCUAUUUGCAUUCUUGCUGUGUUGUGCAAAUUGCCUACGGCUAGAAAUUUAGAGACAGAAAACAUUUGGUCCAUCAAAAUUAGAAGGAAAAUGUGUUUUGAGGUGUUCUUGCAGCUAGAAGCAAGGGUUUGAAAUAAAUGUGUAUCGCACUUUUUUUUUUUUUUCAAAACAACAGUUUUAUUUGCCAUUUUAAUUGACUUUAUUCCACAACAGCUUCAAGAAAAACAGUGUAAAUAGCAAUACUGUUUCAAAAACAGCAUAUUUUCAUUCUGUCUGUAAAUACUUGAAGUGUUUUCUCCUCUGUCUUCUUCUUGAAUCAACUCCUUGACUGCCUCCCUGCUACAUAAAGCCUGCUGGCACCAGUUUCUUGUGUGCAGGGGGAGAGUGGAGGCUGUAAGUUCCCAGUGGGGUGCCCAUGGGCCAGGCUGCCUAAAAUCCAAGCACCAGCCAUCUGGGGAAGGACAAGGGCUUUAGCCCCGCUCUCCUGUCUUGUUUCUUUGAUGCUCUGCAAGCUGCAGCAUUUCCGUGUGCGAACUGGAAGGUACGAAUGAAAUCUUAAUCGAAGCAAGGGGUUGUCCAUUUUAUUUGCGGUGUUAGGGAUGUCAGGGCAGUAAGGAAAUUCAGGCCCCUUGUCGAGACCUAGCAAUAAGUGACUCUUUGUUUGUUAUGUCUUAAGCUUCUGAUAAUCUGGAAGUUGCUCAGACUUCACCGUUUCUGUGCAUAAUAACCAAAUUCUCAGAGCAAAAAUCUGCAGAGUGAUUCUCUUGACUUGGACAAUCUUCUGAAUUAUAUUAAAAUUAUCUGUUAGUUCUUAGUUCUUUAGAUUCACUUUGGGUAGGUCAAAAAAGUAACAUUUGGGAAAAAAAAAAAAAAAAAAAAAGAACAAAAAGAAAAGAGAAAGCCCCAAAACUUCAGCUUAGUACAUUUCCGUUAUAAAACAAAGCAUGGUUUUUGUGGAAUUCUGUGCUGUUUUGGGCUUUUGUGUAAGGCUGAAGGCAGAUUAUUAUUUAAACCAGGUGCAAAUAAAUAUCCCUGUAAUGUAUAUGAACAAAUUUAAACCGUGUAUUGUAAGUAUAUAAACUGUAUAUUAAAGACACUAUUUUCAUGAUACUUUAAA